AUGUCACUGCCGAAGAUACUGGACCUCGGCUGUCAUUCAGCCAUACCCGGAGAAGAGGAAAGCGGAUUGGCAGGAAAGCCGACUACCAUCUUGGUUCGGCCCGAUCCGUGA